UGCACACUAAAUUUAAAAUUAUCUCUUUCCUUAUCAAAAUUAAACGGCAAAUACACCAGAGGCAUCAACAACUUCGCUCUAGCAGUUCCCCACAAGCUUACCGAACAUGGGCACUUUGAAACUUUCCAGCUACCGCACUUUGUGGAGCACACCUAUGGUAAAAGAAGGCGCAGGGAUCUCACAACAUCCGAUAAAAUUCACUAUGGGGUCCAUUUGGAUGGUAAACUUCACCAUUUGGAGCUGAUUCCUAAUCACGAUUUUGUGUCGCCAAGUUUGGUUAUUGAACACCGAGAUCCAACCGUGCGUUUGAAUGAUCAGCAGUUUAGAAAAUAUGAGCACAAGAGGAUGUGCCAUUUCACUGGAAAUGUGAAAAAUGUUAACGGUUCUAAAGUGGCUCUGUCCGCGUGCGAUGGUUUGGCUGGGUUCAUAUCUGUGGACACGGACAGAUAUUUCAUCGAACCUUUGGCAGAACACGUUCCAAAUGAUGAAGGACAACAUCUACACGUUGUUUAUAAAAAAUCGACGAAGCAUUCUGAUUCUCCCACAUGCGGAACUAAGAACUGGGAAGAAUCCUGGAAGCAAAGGUUCCGGGAAAAAUACGCAGCUGAGGGUUUUAACCAGACAAAAAGAGGUCUUAAAAGUGAACAUAGAUACUUGGAGACUGCUGUGGUUUUGGAUAAAAAGUUUAUUGAACAUCACAAGAAGAUAGACUAUGAGACUUAUGUGAUGACUUUGAUGAAUAUGGUUUCGGAUUAUUAUCACGACGCCUCAUCCGGAAACCAGAUGGAUGUGGUGAUUGUCCGGAUAAUUUUUUUGGAAAAAGAAGAGGAAGAAAUCGAUCUUAUUAUUAAUCCGGAUGCAGACAAAACUUUAAGAAGUUUUUGCAACUGGCAAAUAAAAAUAAAUCCCAAGGAUAAAGAGAAUCCCAAUCAUCAUGAUAUAGCUGUAUUAAUAACUAGAUACGACAUUUGCUCUGACAAUAUGACGAAUUGCGGUUUAAUGGGGUUAGCGUAUGUUGCCGCCGCCUGCACCGGCAACGAUCCCUGCGCGAUCUGCGAGGAAGGAGGACUGGUCACUUCUGUUGUCAUCGCUCACGAAAUGGGUCAUGUAAUGGGGUGUUCACAUGAUAAAGAAGGCGAAUCGAGUUGUCCAGCCCAAGACGCAGACGAAUCAUUUUUUGUAAUGGCUCCUUACGUUAACCUUUUUACGUUAAAAUGGUCGACAUGCAGUAAAGAAUUCAUGACGGCAUUGUUUGAGUAA